GAUGCACACUGGAGUAGGGCAGAGAGGCGGAGAACAAAGAAAUAUCACUGGGAACUGAAGCUGGUUAGAGUGAAAUAAAAUUAGUGUGAACUCCAGGGUCCAGAAUAAGACAGGAUAUCUCAGAGGUAGUGCAUUACAUAAGUUAAUCAUGGGAGUAGGUGCAUGUUUAAAGGACUAUUUUCUUGGUUUCUGGGACUAUGAAACCCCCAAAAUCAUGGUAGUUAAGAAUCUAACUCUUGGAGUCAUAUACAGAGGAGUUCAGUUUAUUGUCAUCACCUACUUUGUCUGGUACGUCUUCAUAAGUCAGAAAGCCUACCAAGAAACUGAAACACGUCCCGCGAGCUCAGUUUACACUCGCAUGAAAGGCUCAGCAGUUCAUGGAGAUCAAAUCCUGGACACUGUGGAAUAUGUUCGACCAUCGGAGGGUGGAGAUGUCAUUACUGCAAUAUUGAGACGAGAGGUCACAUACGACCAGAAGCAAGAAAACUGUGCUGAGUAUUUUGGUGUUGCAAAUGCUAACUGCUCGAGGGACUCUGACUGCAUCCAAGGAGAGGUUGACUUUAAUGGCCACGGUAGAAGGACGGGCAGAUGCAUUAGAUACUACAACUACACCUUCAAAACCUGUGAAAUCAAAUCCUGGUGUCCUAUCGAGGAAUAUGCUGUCCACAGAGAGCCACCUUUGAUGGAGGCCAUCAAUUUCACUGUAUUCAUCAGAAACUCCAUACUUUUCCCAAAGUUUGGAGAGCGGAGGGGUAAUAUUAAGGGCUCUUCAAACAGACGCAACAUGCACAAAUACCUGAACAAAUGUCUAUAUGAUGAGGAGAAGGAGCCCUACUGUCCAAAUUUCCGACUGGGUUACAUUGCACAUCAAGCCCGGGAGAACUUUAGUGAGCUCUGCAGAACGGGAGGUGUGAUUGGUGUUUUUAUUCAUUGGAACUGUGACCUGGACCUGGAUCCUUCCCGCUGUAAACCCAAAUAUUCCUUUAGGCGCCUGGACCUCAGAAAAGAUCAGGCCAACUCUGGUUACUAUUGCAGGUUUGCCAAAUACUACCAAAAGAAUGGAAAAGAGUCUCGGACACUUAUCAAGGCUUAUGGCAUUCGUUUGGAUAUCAUUGUUCAUGGACAAGCAGGUAAAUUCAGCCCAAUUCCAACCAUCAUCAGUGCGGUGACCGCUUUGACUUCUGUCGGAAUUUGUACUAUUAUUUGUGACUGGAUCAUGCUGACAUUUCUUGACAAAGAUAACGUCUACAGUGAGAGCAAGUUUGAUGAAGUUAUAGAUGAACCAACCGAUGAGUCCAUUCCGCCACAACUGCUUUACAUCACUAGCUUCAGCGCAUACCAAUCAGACUUGUCAGAUGACGUGCUGCUGUGAUGUCAUCAAAAAAGUCACCUCAUGGUGUGGACUCCAAGAUUUUCUAUGACCUCUCUUGAAUACUAAUAAGAUUCAUCUAAAUUGCUUGGCAUCAUUUUUUUUUAGCCUGAUGAGAGCUUCCAGCACGAAACGACGCACGAGAUGAGUAAUGAGCAGUAAUUCAAUAAGUCACUUCCCAUAAAGUGCAUCGCUAACAAGAUUCUGCGGUUGUCUAAACUCAUCUGGAUUCUUCACAAGACCACAACGGCCAAGAGUCGGUGAAGAGUCAUCGACCCAUUUCUGCCGUGAUGAGUGAAGUAUCAUUUCAGUUUGGGGAAAAUUUAGUAUAAGCUUUGUAGGUAUGUAGAACUAACAUGAGUAAAAUGUGAGAACAUGUAAACGUACGUUAUUAGCCAGUAUGGAUAAGCUAAUAUUAUUUUCUUAUAAUUACCUUAUAUGUCUCAGAAAGAGUAGAGCAGAAUGUGAGCCAUUUAUGAAUCAUGUGUGAAUAUGGAGUCAACAUUUACACCAAUAAUAUUCUGCAACAAAGAUGCUGUUUAAAUCUUUUGGCCGUUUUUCCCAUUUUAUACAUACAUUCAGACAACAUGUAAAAAAAUAUAUUUUGCAUUGAGUU